AUGACGAGACCCCAAUUCACGAUUCGUGCUUUCAUUUUAGCAGUGGUCGUACUGCUUGUGUUGUACUGCAACAGCGGUGUUUAUCGGCCGCUACGUGCACCAAAUGGUACACGUUCCCAACCGGUCGCUUUUCCCAAUUCCCAGACGACGCCGUUGGGUUCCUACGCGAUCGCAGCCGGGGAAUUGCCAGGAUACACAGGUUGGGGUCGGCCUGAGUUCACCUUGGCCGGGUACUUCACAGCUGCCACACCUAAAGGUGAUACUAUUUCGGCGGGUGAUCCGUACAUUAUCGAGCUGCAGUGUCGAGGUCAUGCUGAUUGUCAAACACCGUCGUAUUUUUAUGUCCGCGCCUACGGCCCUGCAAUUUUGACAGGCCGGAUCGAAGCGAGAGGAAAAGGUGGAUAUCGUGCUCUGCUGUACCCCGUCGACCCGGGGGUCUAUACAGUGGAAAUAGUCAUAACCAUUUCGAACCCACCACCAUUCGACGUCUUUCCACUGGCAUCUAAGGCCGCACCCAUUCUCUAUGAGGGAUAUCUCUUGCAAGACUUUCCAACCACCUUGACGGUUUUGCCAAACAAAAUGGAUCAUUUCACAAAGCUGCCAGUCUGCAAUGCAGCGGAUUUGCUCAACGACCGCUCCAUAUAUCCCCAUGAACGAGCUCGGUGGAAGGUUGUGGAUCAAAUUCGAUCGAAACACCACCAGUCAAAUACGGGUGACGGAACUCAAGUCACUUUUCCAGCCUAUCAGCAAUCCUACAACAGUCUUGGAGUUGUGGCUGACUACCAAUUCCAUAAUUGCCGCCUCUUGGUGAUACCCUAUCGUGGUGAAAAUGUGACCUUCAAUCCUUUUUUAUGUUUACAGGAACCUACUCACUUUAUACUUAUCGGGGACUCGACGAUGAGGAUACAGCAUCAAAUCUUCCAGCAGUACCUGUCGUUACCUGAAAUGAAGCAUCAUUCCUUAACGUUCAUCGAAUUGUACGGUGGAAUUCUGCGCUGCAACACUUACGGCCCCAUUUUAGAGCAAGAAUUAAAAGUCGAGCUGGAACGAAAUUCUAAGUCCCAAGCCCAUCGAGCUGUGUUAUUCAAUACAGGGCUGCACGACAUUCAUCGGCUCUGCGGAACGGAGUGGGAGAAAGACCGUCGCACAUACCUUACUGAUCCCCAAUUGCCGUGCGUGGAACAAUAUCGGCGUGGUCUGGCCGAUUUGAUCCAUGUCGUGGGCACUUUGCCCGCAGCUGUCAAGCUGUUUCAAACAACCACCGCUGGUUGGCCCAAGUAUGGCAAUUUUGGGAUCAAUUGGGACCCUCGCUAUGGACAAGGACUCCCACUGGAUGCUUCUUUUGUCGAAUACUUCAAUACGAUUGCAACCACCCUACUCGAAUCCCAUCCAUAUAUCGGCGUGGUUGAUGGCUACUGGAUAUCCUUGGCUCGUCCGGACAAUCGGGAAAUUGGACCGCGAGCAGCAAUAGGACCCAAGCUCUCGCACCCUGGGAUUGAAGUCGUCCACGCCAUGGUUCGUAUCUGGUCCAUGGUGGUACUUAGAAAUCUUUGCGGCUAG